AUGUCUACAAGCUCUGCCUUCUGUUUCUCUACAAGCUCUGCCCCCUCACAGCCUAUGCUCGUCGCCGUAUUUAAGCAGAUCUACAGGCGUAGGUGCCAAUGCACCACGUGCGUCAACUUCGUCGCCUGCAAGAAAUGCUACGGCCGCAUCGGCAAGUAUCACAAGAUGGAUAACGAGCCGACGCACACAUUCGAGAUAGACUCCAGCUCUGUUGAGUUUCAGGAUCCGCCGACUCCGUUUGCCGAAGCGCAUGACAAUGGCCUAGGCGGCAGUCUGGAGGCUGUGGCAGCCUUGGACGAAAUUGACCUCGAUGACGAGAUCUAA